AUGGACCUACAAUGCCAUGGUCCCAUUUGGGUCGUUGACGAUCUAACUCAUUGCUUCCAACGCAACUACCUCCAAACUCUCUUACCCCUCGUUUUCUGCGGUAUCUCGCUCCUGCUAAUCAUCUUUCAUAAUACCUACCCUCAACUAGCACAAUGGUAUCGCUCUGGAUAUAGGUCUUUGACGAACGGAAAUGUAAACCCCGAUAGUAUCGACGACGAGGACCAUGAAGAUGUGGACGACCUCAUUCUGCACAAGUCCGCCAGUCGCAUCUCCCAUGGCGACUUCGAAGUCAACUACCCUCGAGGACAACUGCUUCUAGUGACUUUGGAGCUUGCUGGAUUGCUGGUGGAAAUAGCUGUUUGCAUUACCGUCUUGGUCACCCAAUCCUGGGGCCACAAGGGUACAAUCGCUGCCAUAGCUAAACUGGUAUCCUGGUCAUAUAUCUUCGUCCUCGCCGCUGUGCGAUUCAUUCUCUCCGCGCUGGACAAACAGAUAAAAACCCAGCUCUGGAACCAUACAGCUUCCCUAUAUGGCAUUCAAUGGUUGUUGAUUGUUUUCGUCUUCCGCUCCGAGAUCAUUCAUCCCCAUUCGCAACGUGCUCUUAUCUUGUCGUCAAUCGAGUUUGCCGUCUGUACGCUCUUGGUCAUACUUGCAACUACAACCAGAAGAGGAAACAAGAGUGUGUUGCUUCAACGAGAAGAUGGUCUAGAGCCCCCCCAUCAACCAUACGCCAGUCUCUUGUCUCUCAUGUCUUUCGCAUGGAUUGAUCCUCUAAUUUGGAAAGGCUAUCGCCAAACAUUGGAGCUAGAUGAUGUGUGGAACUUGACUGUAUCCCGACAUGCUGGUACAAUUCUAAACGAUUUCCGCCAUAAAUAUAGAAGCUACAAAUUGAUUUGGCGACUGCUACGGUAUUUUGAUCGGGAUCUCUUUGUUCAAGCUGCUUGGACCGUAUUCUCGAAUCUCUUCACUUUCAUCCCGACUUUGCUCCUCAAAGCUAUUCUCGAACAUGUUGAGGAUCCGCGAUCUAGCCCACCGAACGCCGCGUGGCUUUUUGCUAUCUUGCUGUUUGUUUCCGGUGCUAUUCAAGGUAUCGCUGACGGCCAGGCUCUUUGGAUUGGCCGAAACAACGUUGGUCUCAAGUUGCGUGCAAUUAUAAUCGGUGAAAUCUAUUCCAAGGCAUUAAGACGCAAAGCCGGUGCAUCCACUGAUGCUGGGGAGGAGCAGGAGGACUCUAAGGAUAAGAAGAAAUCCGACGACAAAAAGGAAGAUGGCUCUGCACCUAUGACUAGGAUUGGUACUAUUAUCAACCUGAUGGCUAUUGAUUCUUUCAAAGUCAGUGAAGUCUGCGCUUAUUUACACUUUUUGUGGGCAAGUGUACCUGUACAGGUGAUCAUCGCCGUUGUCCUUCUAUAUCGUGUCCUUGGUUUCAGUUCUUUUGCUGGUAUCGUUCUUAUGGUCCUCAUCUUGCCUGUGAACGUUUAUAUCGCUCGCAGUUUCCGUCGUAUCCAAAACGAAAUCCUUGCCAAGACAGAUGCCCGUAUCCAUACAACCAAUGAAGUAUUGCAGAACAUUCGCAUCAUCAAAUACUUUGCCUGGGAACGACGAUAUAACGAAAUUGUGAAUGAAAAGAGAAAGGCAGAGCUCCGGGCUUUACGCUACAGAUAUGUCGUAUGGUCUUUUGCUGCUACUGUCUGGUACGGCACUCCGAUUUUGAUCACUUUCACCUCCUUUUUCCUAUAUACAGUCGUGGAAAAGAAACGACUUGCGCCAUCUGUUGCUUUCCCAGCUUUGUCGAUGUUCUCUCUCCUUCGAGUACCGUUGGAUCAACUAGCGGAUAUGAUUGCCCACGUUCAAGAAGCCAAGGUAUCCAUCGAUCGUGUCGAGGCUUUUUUGAAUGAGGAUGAAACGGACAAAUACAUACAGGUUCUUGGCGACACAGACGAAUCAGGCGAGUCUAAAAUUGCGCUUGAAAACGCCACAUUAACAUGGGGCGGCAAUUCUGGCACGCAAGAUCUCACAGAUGCUUUCCGAUUGCUUGAUAUCGAUAUCUCAUUCAAGAUUGGCCGGUUAAAUGUCAUAGCCGGUCCUACUGGUUCAGGAAAAACGUCACUUCUCAUGGCUCUGCUGGGUGAAAUGAAACUCUUGGAUGGCAAAGUAUAUCUUCCGGGAGUAACAACUGAUCGUGCCGAGCUUCCAGUCGAUCCGGAAACAUUGCUCACCGACAGCGUCGCAUACUGUGCUCAAGAAGCCUGGCUCGUAAACGCUACAAUUAAAGAAAAUAUUUUGUUCGCGUCACCUUUUGAUCAACAACGCUAUGAUGCUGUUAUCAAGGCUUGUGCCCUUGAGCGCGAUUUGCAGAUACUGGAAGCAGGCGAUCAAACGUUAGUAGGUGAGAAAGGCAUCAGUCUUUCAGGUGGACAGAAGCAACGAAUCUCCCUCGCACGUGCGGUGUACAGUCGAGCUCGACAUCUCUUGCUUGAUGAUUGCCUCAGCGCCGUUGACUCACAUACCGCAAAACAUAUCUUUCGGGAGGCCUUUACAGGUCCUCUCAUGGCACACCGUACCUGUAUUCUUGUCACACACAAUGUUGCGCUUGCUGCCCCACAAGCACACUAUAUUGUCGUUAUGGAUAAUGGCAAGGUCUCCAGCCAAGGAUCUCCAGAUGAGGUUGCAGCCUCCGGUGCUUUGGGAGAGGAUCUGAUGAAGUCACGGCCAGAAUCGAGACCAGGCUCCAAAGGGCCAUCUCGUACCGCGUCUGAUUUGGAAGAACAAAUCGAGCAAGCAAAUGGGGACAGCAACGGCAACGCAAAUGGAUCGUCUAAACCUGUUCCCGACGGCAAGGCUCCAAGGGCCGAAGGCUUGGCUUCCACUCUCACAGAGUCAAAAGCUACUGGUAGCGUCAAGUGGUCAACCAUACAGAUGUACCUCGCCUCGAUGGGUCCUUGGUACUACUGGAUUGCCGGUGGCGGCGUUUUCGUUGCACAACAACUUGGUAAUGUCGCAACCAAUGUAUGGAUUCGACAGUGGGCAAAUGCCUACAACGUGGAGCAAGCUGGGACAACAGAUGUGAGCAGUUAUGUGUUAAUGUCUAAUCUCAAAAUCCCGUCUUUUGUAACCGGUAGUGUCUCACGUUCAAAUGUCUGGAACGGGGUUCAGGCAAGUAGCGUGCGAGCUGAUACUGCUGAUAAUGGAGUCAACGUCGCGUACUUCCUGGGUGUAUACGCGUUGCUUGGAUUUAUCUACGUGUUGAUCUCAAUGCUCAGAGAAUUGGUGCUCUUCUGGGGUUCGCUGCAUGCUUCUUGGAAGUUGCAUGAGAAACUGUUGAAGGCUGUGCUUCAUGCCAAAUUCAAGUUCUUCGACUCGACACCUUUGGGCCAACUGAUGAACAGGUUUUCCAAAGACGUUGAAGCUAUUGAUCAAGACGUGGCUCCGAUAGCAAUUGGUAUGCUUCAUAGUCUAGCAUCAGUGCUCAUGAUUGUCAUUCUCAUUUCGAUUAUCACUCCUGGUUUCUUAAUUGCAGCCGUUAUCAUCACCCUCCUUUUCACUGCGGUUGGCGCGAUUUACUUAAACGCGUCUCGUGACUUGAAACGGUUGGAAUCCGUACAACGCAGUCCCUUAUACCAGCAAUUUGGCGAGACCUUGACAGGAAUCGUUAGUAUUCGAGCAUAUGGCGAUGCCCAACGUUUCAUGAUUGACAACCAUCGUCGUAUUGACUCAUAUAACCGGCCACAUAUCUACUUGUGGGCCGCCAACCGAUGGUUGGCUUUCCGCGUAGAUAUGAUUGGUGCACUUGUUGCAUUCCUCUCUGCUGCGUUUGUUUUGACAAAUAUUGGCCGCAUCGACGCUGGAGCUGCUGGUCUCUCCAUGACCUACGCUGUCACCUUCACAGAGAAUGUUCUCUGGUUGGUACGUUUGUAUGCGGAAUCUCAACAGAGUAUGAAUUCUGUUGAACGUAUCCGCGAGUACUUGGAGGUAGAACAAGAGGCGGAUCAAGUGAUCGAAGAACGUCGACCACCAUCUGGUUGGCCUAUGAAGGGAGCUGUCGAGUUCGUUGACUACUCCACUCGAUACCGUCCAGAUCUCGAUUGUGUGCUAAAGGAGGUGUCUUUCACCGUUAGUGCUGGUGAAAAGGUUGGUAUUGUGGGACGUACAGGCGCUGGAAAGAGUUCUCUUGCUCUUGCACUUUUCCGUGGUCUAGAAGCAGUCAAUGGCAAGAUUAGUAUUGACGGUAUCGAUAUCAGCACCAUAGGGCUGCAAGAUUUACGUGAAAAUAUCACAAUCGUGCCUCAGGAUCCUACUCUAUUUACGGGUACGAUUCGUAGCAACUUGGAUCCGUUCGGUCUGUUCAGCGACGAGCAGAUCUUUGUUGCAUUACGCCGUGUCCAUCUUAUUACAGACACAGCUUCAGGGACUGCGACACCGGCAACUCCCGCUGCACUUGAGCAAUCCGUGGAUGACGUGUCAGCAGCUCCAGAAAACAAAAACAUUUUCCGAAACCUCGACUCACCAGUUGCCGAGUCCGGCUCAAACUUAUCGCAGGGUCAGCGUCAGCUCUUGUGCCUUGCGCGAGCACUCCUCAAGAGUCCUCGCGUUCUCAUGAUGGACGAAGCCACAGCAUCAAUCGAUUACGCAACAGAUUCCAAGAUUCAAGAAACACUCCGUGAACUCAAGGAAAGCACAAUUAUCACCAUCGCCCAUCGUCUCCAAACAAUCAUCGACUACGAUAAAGUCCUAGUCCUCGACCACGGCCGCGUCGUCGAAUUCGACCAUCCGUGGACGCUAAUCAAUAAAGACGAUGGCAGUUUUAGAAGCAUGUGCGAAAACAGUGGAAAUAUGGAUGUAUUACUGGUGGGAGCAAAAGGUGCAUGGGAGAGCAAAAGGCUUGUUGAGACGGAUUGA